AUGUCUGAGCGAGCUUACCAACGCCUCUGGGACUCCUCCCACGCCACCCUGCAAGAGCUGCUGGACCGGGAGCAGCCCCUGCUGGAACCCGUGCCCAAGCGGGACCGGCAGUCCUUCCAGUACAGGAUCUCGUCGCUCUACCUGUGCUACCUGGGGCUGCUGCGCCGGUUCGACACCCUGUAUGACCAGAUGGUGCAGCCGCAGAAGAGGCGGCUGCUGCGCCGCCUGCUGGACAGCGUGGCGGGCCGCGUGCUGGAGCUCAAGGAGGAGCUGGUGCGCGCAGACCUGUGCGAGACCCACUGCCUGGACCACGUGCUGCAGGACCUCAAGCUCACCACGACAGAACUGGAGGUGCCAAUCCCCAGAUACUUCCGGCUGGAGCAGUCCAGUGUUCUGAGGGAGCAGAGGCUGAUGCUGGCGCAGAUCCUGUCCAGAAUGGGUUCAGUGUCCUUAGAGCAGGACUUUCCAACAAUGCACCGCACUGAGGCCAUAAUCCUAUUGCAAACAGCCGAGCGGGCCAGGCAAGGCCGGCUCCGAGCCGCCAUCAUGCGAGAGAUUCGAAGAGAGGAGGAGUGGGAUCAGAAGAUGAGGGAGGACGGGGGGCACACGUUCAAUCAAGACCAAGCGGCUAUCACCAUACAGAAGGUGUGGAGAAGUUACCUGCAGAGGAAACGCACUCAGCAGGACCGGCGAACCGAGAUGGAAUUCAUCGGCAUGCUCCCCUCGCUCAGGCAGGUGGAAUCCUUGGGCAACAUGUCCCAGGCCAGCCCCAGGGGGAAUGCCGGCAGGCUCCGCCAGAUGGAGAAAGAAGAGGAGUUCCAGGUGGCGCUGGGGAAGACCCAAGACUCGCUCAGAGACCUCGAGGGGCCCUUCCUGAAGGAGCAAAUGAAGGAGCAGAUCCGACAGUGGUUUAUUGAGUGCCAUGCUCUUACUGGCCGGUUCCCUGAUUAUCCAGAUGAGUCUUUAGGUGGAUCCUACCUGAUCUUUGCAGACAAGACUCCGGAACAGGUGAAAAUGGAACUGGAGAUGCAGGUCGAAGAGAGCAAAAAAAAGAACCAAGAGAAAAAUAAGGAAAAAGAACAGGAGAAAAAAGAAAAGAAGAAGAAAAGGAAGGAGAAAAAAACCACGAUAGAGGACGAAGAAGAUGCAAUGCUGAAAGUGUUGCCAUCCAAAUUUAUACCCAUGAUUAAUGCUGGACAUGAGGAGUAUAAAAAUCUGUGGAAGAACCAUGACAGCGUACACCCCGGUCAGAGUUUUGACCCUGAGACCCUCCGGGUGGAGAAGAGGAAGGAGGUGGAGCAGGAGCUCCGGAAACAGGUGGAUGAGCUGAUGCGUCAAGAGCUAAAGAAUCUGCGCCUGGCUGUGGACAGGGAGGUGGGGAGACCCUUGAAAUUUCCAAAGGCAAGAUGAGGGAAGAAAGCUGGGAAGAAGAAGGAAAAAGAUCUGACAUCAAACAGGUCCAUGGACUCUCUGUUUGAAGAGCUCGUUACUUUGAACCUUCUAAAGAAGAGCGAGACCGUGGCAUUGAAAGACUAUGUGGGUGACUGCCUCUAUCUUGGAUCCACUCUGAGUUUGGCCAAGAAGCUGCCCAUGCCUUCCCUGUUUGACAUACGACAGAACAUGGCCUUGUACGGGGUCCUUCGUCUCGGCUCCCCAGAUAUACACUCCAUGGCUCCCCUCAUCCGCUCCAUCCUCCUGGUGGGCCCCUCCGGCAUGGGGAAGAAGAUGCUGGUCAAGGCUGUGUGCACAGAAACUGGUGCCAACCUGUUCGAUCUGUCGCCUGGCAACCUGCAGGGCAAAUACACUGGCAAGACUGGGGUGCAGAAGAUAGUGCAGAUGGUCUUUAAGGUGGCUCGACUCCUGCAGCCGUCUGUGAUCUGGAUUGGGAAUGCUGAGAAGAAUUUUUAUAAGACGGUCCCAAAAGAAGAGCAGGAGAUGGACCCAAAGCAAAUAAAAAACGACCUCAUGAAGGCCGUGCGGCUGCUGAGUCCCGGAGACCGCGUGCUGCUAAUAGGAACCACGGAGCGGCCCCAGCUGGCGGAGAUGAAGGCGCUGUGCCAGACCUAUGAGCGGGUCAUCUUCAUGCCCCGGCCUGAUUAUGCGUCGCGCUACGUGCUCUGGAAGCGGAUGCUGGAGGCCCAGGGAGUCCAGGUGACCCAGAGCCUGGACAUCAGUGCCCUGGCCAAAGUGUCCGAAGGCUACACAGCUGGCCACAUUCUCAAAGCCAUCCAGUCGGUGCUGACCGAGCAGCGGCUCCUACGGCUGGCCAAGCGGCCCCUGGUGGCCUCAGAGUUCUUGGGUCAUCUGGCGAAGCUGGAGCCAGUGUACAAGGAGGAGGAGGAGUCCCUGAAGGACUGGUACUUCAGCACCCCGCUUGGCAAGAAAAUGAUGAAAUUUAUCGAGGACCAAGAGGCCCAGGAGGCCAAGCUGGCGAAGGAGAAGAAAAAAAAGAAGUGACAGCUGAGGCUGAGUGCCCGAAAGUUGCAGAGGGACUGGGCAGCCCCCCAUGGGCAAAGGGGCCAGAGAGCAGAGGCAUAAACGCCCAGAUGGCUUGGGGACCAGCUCUCUUUGUUCAUCUCUGUGCUUCUGCCCCUUGUUCUGUGUCCCCUGCCUGUGCCCAGCCUCCACCUCUCACCCCACCCCUCCCAGAUCUCUGACC